AUGAAGGAUUCCGGUGGUUCUUGGAUACCUUUCUGGAGGUAUCCACACCAGAUGAGUUGUCUAGCCUCAGAAUCAGGUAACCGCGGUGUCUACAGGGAUUCCCUCACCGGCAGCAUCGUGCCCGACGACUGUGAUAGAACAGCUCACCCGUCGCAUCGACGACUUGUCGCGACAGGUGGCCGAGCUGUCAGCUGUUUCCCGUUCGCGCUCGAGGAGUCGAGCGCAGUCUCCAGGCUGGCGUCGACGGUCCCGAAGCCGCUCUAA